CGGCCGGCUGUCGGACGCGGAAGCACCGCUCUGCGUUGCGCGCUCGCAGGCUACGUCACUAGCCCAGCGCGGGAAAACCGAAACGUGCGCUCCGAGACUACCGGGCAGGCCGCCUGCCCCCUCAAUCUCCUCAGCGUGUUCGCCACGAACGGCAACGUGUCUCUGACAUCUCCCGAAAACAUUCCCUUUCAUCGCAGAUACACCGUCUCUUUCGAAAGAGAUCGAUACACAAUGCAACUGAUAUUAGACGCAUCCCCGCUUCGCGGAGCCGUGACGUCCUGUCUCCGCGGACGGUACAGGAUCGCGGGCGUUUGAAUCGGAGAAUCGACUGUCACUCUUCGCGAAUGUGGCGGACACUGACGUAGAAAUCUGAGUUGGUCAGACGAGGGUUUCAGUGCGGCGAUGGACAGCAGCUGAGCGCCAUGAGAGGCCUCCUGGUGGUGUCGUCGCUCCUGCUGCUGUGCUGCGUCGAUCGCAUACCGGCCUCCACAAAGAAAACGGAGGCACGUCGCGACCACUGCAACAAGACGGUGGACAUCUAUGAGGAUGUGUCGAGCCCGGAAGUGACGUCAGAGACGGCGGGCCGGCCGAUGACGUGCUGGUACCGCUUCCGGUCGUUCCGCGGCACCCCACGAGACUGGGUGCUGCGCAUCCGCUUCAAAAAGUUCAAGGUGGGCGUGCUCGCCAACAGCACCCACUGCCUCGGCGGAUAUGUCCAGAUUGUCGAUGGUAACGCAAAAACGGACGUGAGCAACCGGAAAGACCCGGGCAUGUUCUGCGGCGAGACUGAACAACCGCAGACGUUCAUCUCGGAGACGAGCUUCGUCAAGGUGGUGUUCCACGUGGACAACUUCACGGACCAGACCUACUUCAGCUUCGACUCCCGAGCAGAGCAGCAGCUGGAGGUGUACCUGCGGUACGGCCACCAUCCUGAGCUCUAUCCCAACAGGAGGGGGGAGGUGGUUUCAGGGUCCUACUGCGAGCGAGUGUUCCGCGACUGUCGCCUGCAGACGUGCUACGUGCAGUCGCCCGCCUACCCGGGCGUCUACCCGAGGGGGCUGCACUGCCGCUACCAGCUCAACACUAGGCAGCCUUUCAUCAAGCUCUACAUCGAGAACGAGGAGUUCAACAUAGACGGACAACGAUGCGAAAACAUCAUGAUGUGUCCUAUGAGACCCAUCUCUUCCGGACAAGAAAAUUGUCCCUACGAUUACAUCAAAAUCUACGAUGGCAAAGACGAAUCCUCGCCUGUCAUAGGCGUGUUUUGCGGCAUGGGCAAGUUCCCGUACUCCAUCAUCGGCACGUCGGAGGACCUGCUGGUGGAGUUCUCGAGCUCGGCGGCGGGGCCGCUGCUCAACACGGGCUUCCACUUCAACGUGGGCAGCUGGCCGGGCCACGUGGAGACGGCGGGCGUGCGCAACGGCACGUGCGACUGGCUGCUCAGCUCCGAGGCGCUCGCCUCCUCCGGGGACUCUGAGGGCAUCUUCCUGAGCGUGGCACACUGGUACCCGCCGCACACCUCCUGCACCUACCUCAUGCGCGGGCGACCCGGCGAGGUCGUCCGCCUCUACUUUCCCAGUUUCCGCAUCAACACAAUCGAAGCACCUAUCCGCGUGUUUGACGGGGACUGCGGCGAGUCGCUGACUCUGUACGACGCGUCGUGGGCGGAUGACACGCGCAUCAUCAAGACCUUCUGCGACACCUUCUCCAGGGCCAUGGAGAAGCACGACUUCGUCUCCACCGGCAGCUCGCUCUUCGUGCGUUUCGAGAGUAAGACGGGCAGCUACUCUGGGUCCUCGCUGUACUACUGGGCCCACUACGACUUCUUCAACGCGAGCCUCAGCGGCGACCCGGUGGCGGGCACCGCCUGCGACGAGGUGUUCCCCGCGUGGCGCCGCGCCUCAGGGUACCUGCGCUCGCCACUCAACACGCUGGUCUACAAGCGCCACGCCGACCCGCACCACAGCGUGCGCUGCCAGUACCGCUUCGUCACCGACCGGAGGCUGUUCGCCAGGGUCAUCCUCACCAUAGAGUCCAUGGCGUUCAAGGACAACACGUACGUGACGAGCAAGUGCAGCGACUGCCUGCGCGACCGCGCGGACAAGCUGGUGGUGCUGGAGCCGGAGGGCGGCGCGGCGGCGCUCAACUGGUCGGCGUCGGCGUGCCUGUGCCACGGGGGCGCGCAGCUGCCGCCGCUGUCGGUGGUGUCGCGCGGCGAGCGCCUCACGCUGGAGCUGCGCGUCGACGCGGCGCACGCCGCCUCCAGCUACUUCAAGCACGCGCCGCCUCUGUUCGAGGCCCGCUACCGCUUCGUGCACGCGCCCCUCUGCGGGCCGCCGCUGCUGCCGCCCGCCACCGACGGCGAGCUGCGCUUCCCCGACUACGACGCGCUGCUGGGCAACGUCGAGCCGCCCAGGACGGUGCACUGUAUCUGGGAACUGCAGGUCCACAGGGAUCGCGACCUGUGGCUGAACGUGGACCGAAUGAAGCUGGAGAACGGGGCGUGCGACGAGAACCGGCUGGAGGCGUUCGUGUCGGGCCGCGCGGCGCCCUUCCUGUCCAUCUGCAGGGAGAACGUGGCGGCGGCGUCGCGCGAGCUGCCCAUCCUGACGGCCGCCGACCUGGCGGCGUCGCUGCCGCAGCGCGCGCCGCCGGACGCCGUGCCGUCGGUGCGGCUGGUGUUCCGCGCCAGCGUCUGGCCCGCCAUGCCCACCUUCAAGAUCGCGUGGACCGAGCUGUACCGCCUGCCGCGCAACCCGGACGGCACGCUCGCCACCUCGCGACUCACCGAGGCGGCCGCCGGCUCCGAGCCGUGCGAGUUCGUCUGCCCGGGCCAGUCCGGCCUGUGCAUCCCCAUGCGGCUCGUCUGCAACGGCGUCGUCAACUGCCCGUCGCAGGCCGGCAACGCCAGCGGCAUCGGCGCCGGCGCGGCGGCCGGGUCGGCGGCGUCGCCUCCAGAGGCGGGUGUCGCGCCGGCGGCGGCCGACGACGAGAGCGGCGAGAUGUGCGCGCGCCAGGAGGCGGCGCCAGUCAACUGGCUGGCCGUGGGGCUGGGGGCGGCGGGAGGCGGCGUUAUGGCGGCCGCGUGCCUCGCCGUGCUGUGCCGCGCCUGCUGCCGCAAGCGGCACGCCGACGACGACGGCGAUGGCGACGGCGACGACGCGCACGUGCCCUACUGACAGUGAGACCAGCUGCUGGGGCGGCGCGCGCGCCUCGCGCUGCACGGCGACCUCGAAUACUUCGUGUAGGCCGGCCGCCACCGCCCCGCGGCGUGGAAACACUGUGAAUCGGACAUUAUGCGUCGACACGCCUCUACGGCGCUGUGCACACGAGAAAAGCCACCAGUCCGAUGUACUUCCCACACGAAUAUAUCACUGUUAUCGUACUACAAACAUGUCGACAACAGUAAUCUAGUAACAGUCACCAGACGCUACUUAUUGGUUUCAGUCUCGAGUGUAUCAUCUCCCAAUACCGUCGCAACUGACUUUACGUCGACUUUACACUUGAAGUGCCCUCAGUCACAGUACACUGUUCUAACUUGUUACGUAUCUCUACUGUUCUAAGGCUGUUCUAGGUUAAAGUCACUCGUUGAUGGAAAUGGAGAGCAUUUCAGAACGCGAUAUUUCCUCCGACAAAGAGGUCAUUGCUGACCUGAAAGUAGCGAUUGAAAGUUGUGAUUUGUUUUGUGAGAGACAGCUGCCAACCAAUGCAUCAAUCACCGUUCCUUUGUAGGCCUCCCGGAAUUACUCUAUGCUUUAUCUGUUCGUGGUACUCAUUCUGCACAACAUAAAUAUGUUGGAGAAACGUGGAAUUCACUGUAGGAUUAAUGCCUUCUCUAGACAAACAUGUAUGCAUCACACUUUUCAGUCAUAUGGAUACGACUCCAAUACUAAAAGCAAAUCACCUUUAUCCCACCUUCCAAUUUUUUUUUUUUUGCGACGCUUUAAUAUAACACGUCUUGCUCGUAAAUGGCAGGAUUGUUUAUUCUGAUUCUAAUAUUUGCUUCGAUAUGAGCUCUCAGGAUUAGAAAUUUUGGCAACCAAUGGACUGUCAAAAAUGGUGUGAUCCUCAAUCGUCCCUGCCAGUUGACCGUUCUUUCCAUGAGUUUGGUUCCUACUUCUUGAUAAGCAGCACACGAGUUACUGGUUUCACAUACAUUUGCGUAGCUGGAAUAUCGGAGUGUCUCCCCUAGUCAAAAAUCUAUUAUAGCUACAGUGAGGUUCAUGUUCUUGAACAUUAGUUUUAAGGGAAAGUACGCAAUAUAAAGAAUCAGGCAACGCUCAAAGGAUUCUCUGUCAUCUGCAUUUGUCGUAUUCCAUUCAGUUUCAGCAAGUUUUUCAGAGACGAUUGGGAAUAGAUUACAUAUUCAAAAUCAUAUCGUAUGUCGGUUUACUCUGAAAGCAUUGUCUAUAGAUGCAGUACAAAAUUUUCAGACUAUCCAUUUCAGACUGUUACUAUACACUCUUGACGCUAUCAAUUGGUGAUACUGAACUGCAUCAUCCCUAGACUGCAGAACGAACCCUUCUGCUGUGUAAUGAAGUACUGAUUCAGAACUGACGUUCAAGUUUGUAAAAAUAAACAACUGCUGCAAUUAAACGUUGUUUCAUGGGCCGGUCGGGGUGGCCGAGCGGUUCUAGGCGCUACAGUGUGGAACCGCGCGACCGCUACGGUCGCAAGUUCGAAUCCUGCCUCGGGCAUGGAUAUGUGUGAUGUCCUUAGAUUAGUUAGGUUUAAGUAGUUCUAAGUCGUAGGGGACUGAUGACCUCAGAAGUUAAGUCCCAUAGUGCUCAGAGCCACUUGAACCAUUUUUGUUUCAUGAACGUCGACAUAUCUAACGCGUCAUGAAAUAACUAAGCCGUCACAACCGUUUUGAUGAAUUAUAGCAGCCAAAGAAAAAGUAGUUGUAGUUUUGUUUUUGCCUAAUGAGGUAUGCUAGAAACUGUUGUGUUUUCGAGAUUAGUGGGACGUAAUGAUGUACCAGGCAUGGUAUCUACUUACAGUGAAAACUUUUCCAGAAAGAGUCGGAUAAUGCAGAACUAAUUCAAGCCAUGACAGAAAACAAAACAAGGUCUCACCUCUAUUACUACGUAAAUUCUCAUCACGCAUACUGAGGUAGACAAAGAUCUUUUGCUUUGCACGAAGCAAACAUAGCUGUUCGCCUAGAAGUGUGAAAGAAAGUAUUGAAAAGUUUCAUAUUACAGCACACUUAUUUUGCAGAGCUAUCCGUUACAUAUAUAAAACAUCUGUUGGAUGGAAAACAAAGUUAUUCUAUAUCUCGUUGAAUUAAUCAUAUAGAGUAUUUUUCGCUCGUUAAGGUGAACUCGGAGUGUAUAGGAAAUGCGAGUUCUUAGACGGAAACUGAAAUUACCGUAGUCCUCUACGUUAAGGAGACAGACAAUGUUAUGGUAAGAAAUACGUAAAGAUGUCACAGAUUAGCUAGUAGCUUUUCUUGAUAUCAUAAUAGUGUCGAACAAGAUAGUAAGAAGUCUGGUUGAGGACUCAAUUAUCUCUCAUUAUCUUACUGAAGUGCAUACAAUUAUUUCAUUCCUUAUAACCAACACGCAUUUAGGUGAGUAACUGUGAAGGUCUUAUGCUGGACUUAUUUGUCUUCUCAAAAUACCCUUUAAAAUCACUAUUUGCAAGUGGGCUACAAUAAACAAUUGAUUUCCAAAUGUCUCCAGAAGUAAAACUGAACGAUAGUUACGUCGCCCUAUGUAAAUCUAGACUGGCAAUUGCUGUGACGUUAUAUACUUCAUGCUUAUGUUUUUCAACCGUGUGCUCUGCAGCGUCUUCAGUGCAGUGGAUAAUGAGUGAUUCCUGACAUGACAUUUUAUUUUGAGACAGUUGUAAAAAUAUCUCAGUGCUGUUUAAUCUUUUUUCAGCUGUGACGGAAGAAAUACCGUGAAAUCUGGAAAUCCGUUGUUCACGUCUUUUCAUCAAGUUUACUUAAUCAGCUCUAUGUUUACUGUCUUGAAUUUUCUCUAACGGCUCACGUACCCCUUGUUUCUUCACCUGUAACUCAAAUCUACGACUGUUAAUUGGUGAGAUGUAAUGGAACUCGUGCAUGAGCAGCACCACAGAACUUUAGAGGCGAAGUAACAUAAUUUACGACAGAUAUUUAAAUAUUUAAUGGACAUGCCAAAUGUUCCUCGAGGAUUCAGCUGCGGAACUCAGACUGUAGCUUGGGCUUCGUUCAAAUUUAGAAGUGUGUAAUAGUGUGUAGACGCUAAACGAUACAACGUGUGCCUCGAAUUACUAAAAAGGAAACGUUAUGUUUCACAGGAUAGCAAUAAAUUUCAGAAACGAGUUUGUAGCUUCAGAUUUGCGCGUGAUUCGAGAACACUGGCACAUGCAAUCCUACAGAAGUGAUCAGCAUAUACGUUCGUGUUACAACAUUCAUUAAUGAUUGCAACUUUACUCAUCCCGUGUCUCAUAGGCGCAAGUAAAAUAUUUUGACACGUUAAAUUCACAGAAUUUUUCUACAUGAAAUAUUUUAUCGUGUACGAUCAAAUGAAGCUUUCUAAUUGCUUGAAGUGUGUAUAGGUAUAGUUUAGCAACAUCAGUAAGUGUAUAAACAACUGGAUAGCUUCACGAAACGCUGCCGAAAGAAUUAUUUACAAAGACUCACUCCAAGACAGUUGGGGUCUUAUUACAAUGUUCUUGUCAUAAUCUUCAUCAACGUGGAGUGUGCAUAAGGUUUGCUGAAAGAAUGCUUCAUUAAAGUAUAUGCGGUGUGUAUGCGGUUAAUGUAACGACGAUAUCGAGAAGAUUAAAUUUGUUGAGCUACUGUGAUAUCAAGUUGUUAUAGAAGAAUUCAAAAUACUGUAAAAGAUUGUCUAGCACCAUGCAUUUGAUAUUCACAGUUAUUGUGUAUUUUUAAUAAAGAAAUUUCCUUUUGUAUUUAAAAAUAAAUUACAAAACUUGUUUCCUCUUGAUCAUAUUAGAUAGGUCAGAGCUAAACGUGAAGCAGAGCUGACAGCAACUACGUCGAUGAUGAAGAAUGAUGUCGUUAAUGGAAGGCGUUAAGUACCCUGCGUCUGUAGAGGUCAGGUAUAAAACGAAUUAGACUUGGACGCUUAGACGUUAUAACAUGUCACUGGUAAAACAACAUAUAUUUUCUUGUAGAGAGAAAUGGUUUAUGGAGAAAAUGUGAUACCAUAUGUCUAAGGGUAAUUCAGAAACACAAAUAUGUUUUAUUUCAAUAUACCUUUACGAAUUAUGGAUUUGAAAAAUAUGGCAACUACAGUAACAGACCAUCAAAAACUCCUUAGCUACCAAAAGAACUGGUUUUAAAUUUACGAAUCAAUUAAUGGUCAUGUAAACAUCACUUGUCGCAAGCUCAUUCCUGUAAGCAAUAAUAUUUAUGAACUACUUUAUAGAGAACGGCACACAUAACUGAAUAAAUGGGGCACUUCUGAUUGAAACGUGAUUCUUUGGCUCUAACAGGUAACACUGGAUGCUCUCUAGAGAUAAACUCAGUCUGUAUACAGUUUCAGAAAACCAUGUUUAGACAAUGCCACGAAAGUCUAUAUCUAAAUUACACUGGAAACCAAGGUUUAAUGUAGGCAAUACCCACAGUAAUAAGUGAAAGGUGGUAGCCACAAUCGUAAAAGUACAUUGUGCUGCAGAACCAAAACACACACAAACUCUAUCACAACAGUAUCUUCGUCAUUAGGAGAAUUGUAUAUGUUCAUUAAUUUAAACAAAAGGAAACAUACAUCAAUAACUGAAGAGGAUAAA